CAUCGAAACUAAAAUUUCAUAGACAAACACAAGUAUGAGAUGAAAUCAUAGCAUUCAUUCACAUAAAAAUAAAAAAAGAUCACAUCCUAAUACAAUAAAUAUCGACUAGCUACAUAGAGGAUAAGGAAGGUACCACCAUUGAUGAUGACAACAUCUCUUUAGUUGCAGACCCCUCUACUUCGACUAGGCUAUCACUCGUGUAGAGUGUUUGUGUAGUCUUACUAAACUAAUGGGUCAUGCCCUCUAUUUAUAGGAAAAAUCUCGGCCUAAAACAUCCUAAAAUGACCAGGAAAUAGUUUCCUAAAAAAAACCUUGCAUGCUAAGUCAAUUUCCUCCACAAGGUUUAGGUUUGGCGGCGGUAGAAUGACGGUUGGAGUUUAGUAAACGAAUUGAGGGGUCCUUUCGUACUAUGCGCACAACACAGGAAAAGUAAAAUGGCGAGGGGUCUGCAGAGGGGUGUAAUCGGUUCAGUUAAUGAUUAAAUGUUAAUUGAUAAUGCGAUUAGCGGUUACCAGCCAACCAAAAAAAUAUUGUUAGCCAACCCGCCAAGACUUAGUUAUUAACCGUUAAUCGUCGAUGUUGCUAGCAUUUAUUUUAGCGUUUAACCACUUACCCGCCUGAAAGUGAGAAAGGUGGUAGGUUUGUGGAUUUGUCGUAAUUGUCUUUUUAGAAAAUGUAGAAAAGGAAAGUGAUUGGUAUGAGAAACCCUAGCCACACACUCUCUUCUACUCUUCACUCUCAACUUCUCGCCUCUCUCUUGUUUACCUCUGCAGACAAAAAAUGAAUCCAUUCUUUUGGUGAACCAACAUAUAGAAGAAAAUGCACCUCUUAUUCUACUUCACUCUCGAAUAGUCAAACACUAGCGGCCAACAGCUCUUCCACUUCUCAUCUCUUCUCCGUCCAAGUAAAAUAAAAGAGUGAGAUGACUCAUGAGGCAACAUCAAGGUCGACGACUGCUGCUUCUCUUUUUCGCUCAUCCUCCUAUCGAUCUGAUGAGGAAGCCACUAGAGAGGGUCCAUAGCUCGACAACCAGCGAUUUGUGGUUCACAGUACAACCUCGUCGAUCGACCUCUAUUCUUCAUUUAAGCCGAGAAUACGAGGAGAUUGGACUUAGUGAGUGUCUAGUGGUCAGGGGGAAAUCGUUUCCUUCGUUGAGUGUGACGUUUGCCUAUUUUGGGUGGUUAUCGAUUAACCACUAGCCUUCAAUUAUUAACUGUUUAUGACUUGAUAACACGAUAUAAAAUUUUAACUUCCGUUAAACGCUCCGCAUUCUUCUUAAUAGUUAGCGGUGUGGUUAGCCGUUAAGCCGUUACCGGUAUAACCCAUUUAUCACUCCUCGUUAUGCAGGAGAACCUCCAUUUGUUUGGAUAGGAGUGUAAAUAGAGGAGGUGCAAAAGGGGAGAGGUAAAUGUGAAACCCAAGACAAAUGCUCCCAUUUGGAUAUUUUCCAACAGUAGCUGGGGGUGCCCCAAAAAAAAAAUUUUGGAGCUGGAGGAAGGAAGGGAAGGGUGGUGGGCCAGGGAAUAGAGGGAUGUGGUUGCUAGUGGAGAAAUAGAGGGAGAGGUGUGGUGGGGCCAGGGGAGAGAGAGAAAGGAAGGAAGUGUGAGAUUAGGGUGGGGUAGGAUUGGAGUUUUAUUUUAUUUUUAAUAUAUUUUAUAUCUAAUUUGCACCCUUAUACUUUUUCUCCCAAGCAAAAAUUUACGCCUCAAUUUGAUCCCGCCUAAAAUUCGCUCUCUCCUACAAUUUGCACUCCCUCGAAUUUGCGCCAAACAGAGCGUAAAUGUUUGAGAGGAGGAGGAUAUAUAUAUCGCCAUAUACAUUAUUAAAUUUCAUUUUCAACCAACCCCACCGGCCCACCCUAGUGCAUCAUAUUAUAUUAUUAUAACCCUGGAAAUACUUUGAUUGACCAUUGAGUUUUCGACUUCCCGCAACCCUUUUUAGAUCGUCGGUGUUGGACAAGGAUAAGACAAGAACUAUCAAAACACAUCGAAAAACCUCGUAAUCGGAUCACGGCAGACCUACUCCUCCAUUAUGCAAUGCAUAUAUUGGUGGGCUUUACAAUAAUCCCCGGCCCCGCCCAUUGGCAACCCUUCAACCUUCAUAUGCGUCAUCACCGGUGGUUCCCGGAAGAAACAAACAACUGCCCGUACCAGGCAGCCUCCUCCAGUCCAGCCUGAAUUGAUUCUCCCUUCAAGUUGGCCACCAAGUUGAUUAAUUGAUGCAUUAAGCAAUAAGCAGGCUCGGCUAGCCAGCAGCCUUUUCCCUUGUCGUUGCCUGCCUGUGGCGCCGGCCUAACCUUCUUCGCUUGUUCCGCUUUCUUGCAGAACCAUUUCCCACCAUUCUUAAAUCACAAGUUGAAACGCCUUCCUUCCUACCCACUUGCUAAUCUUUUAUCAAUGGCCAUCUCCGGUCAAAUCUCCAUGCGCCAGCCUGCUCGCUAUGCAUACAUAUACCCUUUUCCCAGCCAUCUUCGAUUCUUCAAUACUCUGUUCCCUUCUCCCGGAUCCAUUCGCGUCCGGCUUCGGAAUGGAAACCGGAGCAAAAUCAGCCCCGCCAGAUAAAAAAGGGACUCAAACCCAUGAAGUGGUGCUCCAAAUCAGAAGCCCCGAGCCCCACCAGCAGCAACUUUUCUUUCCCAGUCCCGAAAGCAGAGAUCGUCUCCCUCCGGCCAGCCCGCAGGUAGCUUCUUCUUUCCCUCCCACUCCCAGGAACAGCAGUAAACCCAAUGCCGAGACGGGGUCGGAGACUCCGACUCCCAGGCUCAGAGUCCCCCACGCCUCCACUUUCCCCGAUUCUCCGGGGACGCCGUGGUCGGCGAUUCCCUCCCCUGUUUCGAGACCCGCUCCGGCCAGUUCAAUGGCAAGAAGAAAGUGCCGUACAGGGCAGUCGGAGUUCAGCAGGCCGAAAUCCAGGCUCGUCGAGCCGCCGCCGCCGUACGCAAGCGACGCGAUUCUCAAGGAAGCCAAGACGGGGGAGGCUGCGGCGGCUGCCCAAUUGGUGGCGAACUCCGGUGGCUCGCCUUACAACAAGAAAUCCCCUUACCGCUCUAAUAACAACAACAGCGGCGCGAUUUCCAGUGGGAAUGGGAGUUUCUCGAAAGGUACGGCGAAGUCGGCGACUCCGAUUACUCCCAGAACGCCGUUGAUUGGAUCUCCGCAGCGGGGGGAAGAAGAAGAAGAUGAUGAAGAGGAUGACGGCAAUGGGGUUUGCAAGACCGCAAACGUCGCCCAAGUGAAGAGCAGCAAGACCGGUAGCAAGUGGAAGGUAAUCACGUUGCUUGAGAUGGCGGCGUUUUUCGUCAUGGUAGGGCUGUUAAUUGCUAGCUUGACGAUUCACAGGCUGCAGAAUUCCUACAUCUGGGGAUUGCAGCUCUGGAAAUGGUGCGUUCUGGUUCUAGUAAUUCUCUGCGGUAGAUUGGUUACUGAAUGGUCGGUGAAUGUGUUGGUAUUCUUGGUCGAAAGGAAGUUCUUGCUCAAGGUGAAGGUCCUCUACUUUGUGUAUGGUUUGAAGAACUGCCUCCAAGUACUGGUUUGGCUAGGGUUGGUGCUUUUAGCUUGGGUACUCUUGUUCACUCAUGGGGUUGAGAGAUCUCGAGGUACUAGAAGGGCUCUCAAUCGGAUAACCAGAGCCAUUGCUGGGUUGUUAGUCGCGGCUGGGAUUUGGCUGCUGAAGACUUUGUUGAUCAAGUUGGUAGCUUCCUCGUACCAUGUCAAUAGAUUCUUCGACAGAAUCCAGGAGUCCAUCUUCCAUCAGUAUGUGCUGAGGGCUCUCUCGGGUCCUCCGGUGAUGGAAAUGGCCGAGGCAAUUGGAAGCAGAGUAGGGACACCGGGGCAGUUGAGCUUUAGAAGCAUAGACAAGGAGAAGGAAGAGAAGAAAGAGGAGGUGAUUGAUGUGGAUAAGCUGAAGAAACUCAAGCACGGGAAGGUCUCUGCUUGGACCAUGAAAGGGUUGGUUGAAGUGGUUCGUGGGACAGGAUUGUCAACUCUUUCAAGCAUACUUGAGGAAACUGAAGAAACUGAGGAGGAGUAUCGGCAGAAAGACUACGAGAUUACCAGUGAGUGGGAAGCCAAAGUCGCGGCGCAUAAGGUCUUCAGGAAUGUAGCCAAAACUGGCAGCAAGUACAUUGAUGAAGAUGACCUGCUACGGUUCUUGAAGAAGGAAGAGGUGGACAAUUUCAUUCUCCUGUUCGAAGGAGCUUCGGCAACUGGGAAGAUCAAGAGAUCUGUUUUCUGGAAGUGGCUGGUCAAGGUGUACAAAGAGCGAAAAUCGCUAGUACAUUCGUUAAACGAUACCAAGACUGCCAUCGAGGAGCUGAACAAGCUGGUUUCGGCUGUUCUCGUUCUCGUUAUGAUUGUUGCGUGGCUACUAGUGAUGGGAUUCCUUUCAACUCAAGUUUUGGUCUUCAUUUCCUCCCAAAUCUUGCUAGUCGGAUUCAUGUUUGGAAGCACUGCCAAGACAGUGUUCGAAGCCAUCGUGUUCGUGUUUGUGAUGCAUCCCUUCGACGUGGGGGACCGUUGUGUCAUCGAUGGGAUCCAGAUGGUUGUCGAAGAGAUGAACCUACUGACGACGGUGUUCCUGAGGUACGACAACGAGAAGAUAUUCUACCCCAACUCGGUUCUGCUGGGCAAACCCAUCAGCAACUUCUGCAGGAGCCCCGAGAUGAGCGAUUCAGUUGAGUUUUCUGUGGACGCCUCGACCUCGAUGGACGAGAUUGGGGCCAUGAAAGACAGGAUCAAAGGUUACUUGGAGAGCAAGCCACAGUACUGGCGACCGGCACACAGCGUGCUGGUGUUGGGGAUUGAAGACAUGAACAAGAUGCAUAUGGGUUUGUAUAUAAGUCACACCAUGAAUUUCCAGAGUGGGGAGAGAGGGGGCAGGAUUUCCGAUCUAAUGGUGGAGAUGAAGAAGAUUUUCGAGGAGGUUGGGAUCAAAUAUCAUUUGCCGCCACAGGAAGUUCAUGUCAGGUACGUCGGAGGAUUGACAGCUAAUGCUGCUGGGCCAGGGGCUGUGCUGCCGCCUCCAAGAUGACUGAGGACCUCCUGUGCAGCUAUAUCUCCUUGGUUUGUUGUUCAUAGGGAUUUCUCCUUUUUAUGUAUAACUUUUUUUUCUUUCUUUCUUUCUUCCUCUGUAUCAUAGUCGCAGAUUUCAAAGAUUUGAGCUUUUAGUUUUGGGUUAAGCGUCACGCAAUUGAAUAGAUGUAUAGUUCUUGGCUUCUUGCACAGUUCUGUGUAGUAGCUAACAGUCUUAUUCUUUAUCAGGGAAAGAAAGGGGGGAAAAUAACGGUCUUGUGACCUGUGUAAUGAUCUUUUCCAAGUUUCAGUGUUUGACGGUGGGAAUUUGCUUCUCUUUUCCUUGCAGUAAUUAGUUUCGAGCGAAUAAUGAUUGGCCACAGCACCACUUGCAAUGCCACAUAGGAUUUUAUUUACCUUUUCUAUUUUAUCUUUAUAGUUUAGAAAGUUAGUUUUUUAUAAUGGAAGAAUUGUUUAUACAUACAUAUGUGUGGCCCCCACAAUAGAAAUGACUAAAACCUUGCGAGGACGUGGAUGAUUUGAAAGAGCUAUUGCUUAAGUGGUCGAUCUGGCAGUGGGACCCAUAUAUGAAAUUGCUAAGUAAUUGCAAGGAUGAAUGUGGUCUUAUACACAAGCAAGUGUUUGUUUGUGACGGACUUAAAUCUCAUAUAAUUGACACAAUGAUAAUCUCACUUCUAAUCAUGAUGCGGUACUCCCUGUUAUUUGCAGGACCGAAUUUACGCAUUAUAAAUCGUGACCGGACAAAUAAAUUAUCUAUAUUUUUUAAGUGCAAUAUCUUAUGGGCUUAACACCGCUAGUCUAGAAUCUAGAGGUUUCAGGUUUGAAUCCCUUAAGUACUACAUUAAUUACAAAAGAGUAAAAAUCUACAUCACCCUAAAAAAAACUAGUAAAAGGUAGCCUUGCAUAUUUAUAACACAAUUUUUAGCAAAAAUUUACCAAACAAAAUAAUGUGUUUUCGCAAAUACAUCCCACAUGAAAAUAUACUCUUUAAAUCACA